AUGGCGGAUAACACUUUUCACAACUCUAAUUCAACAUCAUAUUUGGUCUUACUUGAUUUCUUUUUCUGCUUGCUUCAAAAUAGUCCUGCUAUUCAAGAGAACAGGGUUACAACAGUUCAGUGCUUGUCUGGUACUGGUUCAUUGAGGGUUGGAGCUGAGUUUUUGGCCAGACAUUAUCACCAGCACACGAUAUAUAUACCCCAGCCAACAUGGGGAAAUCACACCAAAGUUUUCACACUAGCAGGGUUAUCUGUGAAGCCUUACUGCUACUAUGAUCCAGCAACACGUGGACUCAACUUCAAAGGCUUGUUAGAAGAUCUUGGUUCUGCACCAUCCGGAGCAAUUGUGCUUCUUCAUGCAUGUGCUCAUAACCCCACUGGUGUUGAUCCAACUCUUCAGCAGUGGGAGCAGAUCAGGCAGCUGAUGAGAUCGAAAGGGCUGUUACCUUUCUUUGAUAGUGCCUAUCAGGGUUUUGCAAGUGGAAGUCUGGAUGCAGAUGCACAGUCUGUUCGCAUGUUCGUUGCUGAUGGUGGUGAAUGUCUUGUAGCUCAGAGUUAUGCAAAGAAUAUGGGCCUUUAUGGGGAACGUGUUGGUGCUCUAAGCAUUGUUUGCAGGACUGCUGAUGUGGCAAGCAGAGUUGAGAGCCAAUUGAAGCUUGUGAUCAGGCCCAUGUAUUCAAAUCCACCCAUCCAUGGGGCAUCUAUUGUUGCUACCAUCCUCAAAGACAGGAACAUGUUCCAAGAAUGGACGAUGGAGUUGAAGGGAAUGGCUGACCGUAUUAUCAGCAUGCGGCAUCAACUGUUUGAUGCUUUACGUGCUCGAGGCACACCUGGUGACUGGAGUCACAUUAUCAAGCAGAUUGGAAUGUUCACUUUCACAGGGCUUAACUCAGAGCAAGUUGCCUUCAUGACCAAAGAAUACCACAUCUAUAUGACGUCUGACGGGCGAAUUAGCAUGGCAGGUUUGAGCUCGAAAACAGUUCCACACCUUACGGAUGCAAUACAUGCUGCUGUGACCCGUGCUGUUUGA